CAUGCAGAUGAAGGACAAGGGCACAAGCCUCACUCUGGCUAUCUGGUAAAUUAAUGAGUAAAGCAAUAACAUAGUUUCGUUUUGUUUGUGUGUAGUUUGUAGUCUCAAUGCGCCUCAAAGCGCUACGAAAACAUAAAUAAUCAAAAAUAUCCGAUUGGCUGAUAUUCCGGAUACUGUUUGACGUCAUCUCAUCCCCCGACUUUACCCGCGCCAUUCGAUUCUACGCGCCUGUCACGGUUUAGCGCGGUACAAGCAAAAGUGGUAGUUCUCAACAUCUCUUGGAGUUUCCCGGCGUGGACUAUCAAAGUCAAUUUAUUAGAGUUAAGAGGGAAAUAGUAUUUUCCAUAAAGUCACGUUUAACACCACGUUUAAACGUGUUUGUCUAAUCUAAACGAAGAAGCUGCACAGAAAGGUCUUUACCAUGGCUACACCUCCCAAGAGAAUGUGCUCCAGCCCUGUGUUUAACAACAGUUUUGAGAAAAGCAACAAAAAGAUAUCAAUCGAAGGGAAUAUCGCUGCUGGUAAGUCCACGUUUGUGAGACUGCUGGAGAGGGCCUCAGACGAAUGGGAGGUGAUUCCAGAGCCCAUCGCCAAAUGGUGCAACGUUCAGACCACAGACAAUGAGUGUGAGGAGCUCAGCUCAUCUCAGAAAAGUGGUGGCAAUCUGCUCCAGAUGCUGUAUGACAAACCCAGCCGCUGGUCCUACACCUUCCAGACGUACGCAUGCCUCAGCCGGGUCCGCGCCGCGCUGCAGCCCCCAUCAUCCAAGCUGCGACAGGCCGACAACCCUGUCCAGUUCUACGAGCGCUCCGUCUACAGUGAUAGGUACGUGUUUGCCUCUAACCUGUUUGAGUCUGGGGACCUGAACGAGACGGAGUUUGCCAUCUAUCAAGACUGGCACAGCUGGCUCCUUUCACAGUUCGAGUCUGACAUCGAGUUAGAUGGCAUGAUCUAUCUGCGGGCAGACCCAGAGAGAUGUAUGCAGCGUUUACACACCCGUGGCCGUGAGGAGGAACAGGGCAUUCCUCUCGAGUAUUUGGAGAAACUUCACUUCAAGCACGAGUGCUGGCUCUACCAUCGGACUACACAGAUGGACUUUGAGUACCUCAAGGACAUUCCAAUCCUGGUGCUGGAUGUGAAUGAAGACUUCAAGAACGACAGGAUUAAACAGGAGGCGGUCAUCGAUAAGGUGAAGGAUUUCUUGAACACAUUGUGAAGUCCGUGAGAUGUCAUUCUGAAGUGAAGAAACUUUGGAGAUUGCAUCAUUUAUUACAGUAUCCAUGCCAACACAAUCGCUUGUUUACAAGAAAUAUCAAAUGGCUGCUCAGCAUUUCUGUCCUGUUCCAUCAAAUGGCCAGGAAAGGAAGUUCUGCAUCAGCUUUUUAUUAUUUUAUUUUUUAAAACACGACGGGUCACGGGGAACUGAAAAAAAUGUUCUUCAGGGUUUUAAAUGACAGAUGUAGUUUGAGUCACUAAUGUAAAAUCAGAUAUUUUAGAGGGUGCUAUUUAUAUUGCCGUGUGAAAAAGAGGAGUAUAAUUUCAGCAGUGGUGUGUAGUUGUGUCUCCAUUUAUUUUUUUUACUCGGCUGAUUGUGUAUAUAUGAAAUGUUGCAGGGCUAUUUGAGUAUGACUCAAGUUGUGCCUUAUUGUGCUGUACGAAAUAACACCACAAGGGGGUAGUGUACAGAAUCUUACAGCAUUACGUCAUUGAACCUCUGAUGCAAUGUACAGUAUGUUUUUCUCAAACUAACGCUCCAUUAUUCACGUCAUAGUCAUCUUUUUUGUCUUCUGUAAAUUGUCAUUCACAAACUUUGCGGCUUGUGUUGUUUCUUUUUUGUUUUCCCAGUGAAAUGGUACACUUGUUAGUGGAGUGUAAUUUGUGUGCUCGAGAUUCAAUCCUGUACAUUUCUUUUUUUAUAGAAUACAAUAAAAUGAAGUGCAAGCUCCUUUUGAACAUCA